AUGGCUCUUAAGAAGAGUUUAAUCGUUACUCCAACUCCGCGAGGGGCUGAUGGUCUGCCCAUAAUACGCAGAGUCCUGAUUGCAAACAGAGCGGAAAUUGCUAGUCGGGUGGUCGCAACAUGUAGAAGGCUUGGGAUCAUAUCAAUUGCCAUCUAUACAGACCUAGACAAGCACUCAUUGUAUGUCGAAGAAGCAGAUGAGGCAGUCUACAUAGGUCCCAUCGACCAGCCGGAGGGGAACCCGCAUCAGAAUGGGAAAAAGAUUGUUGCAAUUGCCUUACAGGUGGGCGCCGAUGCCAUCCAUCCCGGCUACGGCUAUCUCAGUGAGAAUGCGGACUUUGCAAAACAUGUCCUGGAGUCGGGCAUCAAGCUCAUCGGGCCUUCGCCAUAUGCGAUUUCCGUACUUGGGGACAAACGACAGGCCAAGGAGUUCCUGAUUUCACACGCGCCCGAGGUACCGCUGAUUCCAGGACACAGCGACAGCGCACAAGAUUUGAAGUCCCUGUCCAACGAGGCUGAGCGCAUUGGCUACCCCAUAAUGAUCAAGGCCUCGGCGGGGGGAGGAGGCAGGGGAAUGCGUAUCGUGCGUGACAAGACAAGUUUGCUUGAUGAGCUGAGCCGAGCACAGUCUGAGGCUAAGCGGACAUUCGGCUCUGCCGAUUGCCUCCUAGAGAAGUAUAUCAGCAGGGGAAAGCACGUUGAAGUUCAGUUGAUGGGUGAUUCUUUCGGUAAUGUGUUUACGCUGCUUGAUCGAGAAUGUUCGGUGCAGCGGAGGCACCAAAAAGUCAUUGAGGAAGCCCCAUGUCCAUGGAUGGACGAGGAGCUGCGGCAGGCAAUGUACAAGACGGCUAUCACAAUCGGGAAGCUUCUGAAGUAUGAGGGCGCUGGUACUGUCGAAUUCAUGGUCGAUAUUGAAGAACGCAAAUACUACUUUCUUGAGGUCAACACCCGUAUUCAGGUUGAGCACUGCAUCUCGGAGGAAAUCACGGGGUUCGACAUUGUUGCGCUCCAGAUUUUUGUGGCAGCCGGGGGCAACCUAAAAGACGUUCCGAACCUUCAAGGAGUCGUAGCAAAUGGUCACGCCAUAGAAUGCCGGCUCUGUGCGGAGUCCCCUGAACAGGAUUUCUUGCCCGCAUUGGGCACAGUUCAGCGAUGGACACCUGCGACCGAUAUUCUCGCUGCCCAUCACCUUACAAAUGUGAGGUUUGAGAGCAGUAUACGUACAGGAACGGUAAUCUCGAGUUACUUUGAUUCUAUGAUUGUUAAAGUCAUUGUCUGGGCUCCUUCGAGGGCAGCAGCGGUUGAGAAGAUGAGUCUGGUUUUGCGAAAUACGGUAUGCAUUGGAGUCCAGACAAAUCACCUGUUUCUCCAAGCCUGCCUUGCACAUCCUGGAUUCAGAACUGCAAUUGACUACACCACCAGCUUUAUCCCAGACAACAAGGAAGUGCUUCUUCGAAACCCCUACGUGGAGAAUCUUGAAGAGACCCGCAAGUUCCUCGGUCUCGUGUCUGCGUUGUUCUUUAGGUCUAUUGCGAAGAGACAGAGCAAAGACGCUGCCACCACUCGAACUUUUGCAUCUCUGAGGGGCUUCCGGAACCAGGUUUCAGACAGCAGUAAUGUUCCCGUUGAUAUUAUCCAGGAGCGGAGUUCUGGAUCCAACAUUGUUGUCAAAUGGCCUUAUACCAGAGGUAAUACAGACUCUAGCAUUGUCCAAGCCAUUCUAAAACCAUUGCCACCUAUUGAUACGAGUCCGCUCUCCGAUUCAACAACAUCGCAUGUUUCUAUUGCGAAGAUAUAUUCAGCAACGGUAUCACAGACGCUUGCAAAGCUGAGCAAUACACGCAGUCAACCCUACACGAUCACGAUUCUCAAAUCCAAUGUACAAACCCACAAGCUUCCAGCCGACAUCACCAGCUCCCAGCAAGUAUCAGAAUGGCUUGUAAGCGAUCUCACCAUCGACGUUCAACCCUCCCCUGGAAAACUCACAUUGCACCUCGCAACCGAUACCUCUUCAUCCGUCUUCGUGCACGCCAAUUCAAUAGGGACAGCACUCGCAUUCAACUACUUCACGCCACUAACAUUUGGUCUAUCCCUAAGCGCCGCUUUCUCCAACGACAACGCCAGCGCCACCACAUCCCAGCGCAUCCACAAAGCGCCGAUGCCAUGCAAGGUUCUGGAUGUACUGAAGAAAGACGCGGAUGCCGUGGAGGUCGGGGAUGUGCUGUGCGUCAUUGAGAGCAUGAAGAUGGAGAUCAAGGUAUUGGCAGAGGUCCAGGGGACCUUUAGGAUGGUGGCUAAAGAGGGGGAGUCUGUUGCUGAAGGGGCGAUUUUAUGUGCUGUUGAUUAGAUAGAUGAUAUGUUUUAAUAGAAAUCUCUUGAUGGAGAAAGAGUUGGAGGACUAGAUAAGUUUAUAUUGCAGUAUAUAUAAAAUCAAUUUACAUGAAAGAGG